AUGGCCCAAGCACAUCAAAGGACAAUUCUUUCAUGUCGAAAGGGUGCAGGUGAAGCUGUGCUAAGCUUAUGGUAUCCUGGUAGUUGUGGUUCCCCAGUUCAGAUUGUGGACAGUCAGCUCCUAGGUGGCGACAGUGUAGUCAAGUGUAGAACCACGUCCAACGGGAAAUAUACUUUUGUUUUGGACAUGAGAAAUAUUCUCAAUCUGUGGGAUGUUGUGACACUGACUAUGGUGAUGAGUUGGCCGCAGCUCAAGAUAAAGGAUUUCUGUUUGAUUGAGACAGCAGAAGGGGAGAAGUCAUCAGGACUCUCUGCUUUGAAGAUGGCAGCUUUAACAGUUCCAAAUGAUGGGAAAUGUAUCUUACAAGUACUGUCUCUACCAGCCAUGAAGGCUACAUAUGAACUGCAGCUGUCUGCCGAGUCCAGCCUGGCUGAAAUACCAGCCACACAGGAAUCUAUAUUUGUUGUGGAAGGAAUAUCUGAAGAAAAUGGAAAUGGUUUGGUUACUCAACUGAGAAUACGAUCAUUGUCAGAGGCCCAACCUGAAACCAGGUUUUAUAGAAUUCUGCAUAAAAAUCAGUUUGAGGAAGCAGAGCAGUUUGCCAAAAUGUUUGGUAUGGAUGUGGAGCUUGUGUAUAAAGUGAAGUCCAGUCACAUUCUGGACAGACUUUCCCCCUGGAAUAUUGAUAAGAUACAGGAUGAGGCUGAAGUUGGUGAAAUAUUCUCCCAACUAAUGCAGUGUUUAGAGUUGAUCAAGGAUGAUGCUCACAUAGUAGAGUGCUGUGUCAAUGCAGCCAUGCCCACAUUUGAAGCCACUCUUGAAAUGCUAUCAUAUGCCAGAACUCGGCUGAAACAGAGCCUGUCAGAUAUGAAUGGUUAUAUUAAAGAAGAUGAAAACCUCUCAAAGCCUGUUUUGAUGACAAAGGUCCUAGAUACCUUACACAGACUGGAUACCUAUCAGGUGGCAUUUGGAAUACACAGCUACAGGGGGUCUCACUGGGAGGAGUUUAAGAAAACCCAGCCCCUGCGUGAGAUACUGAAGUGGCUGCAAAGAGGAAAUGUGUCGUGUGCAUUCACUAUUUGGAACAGACACUGUUGUGAAUUUGAAGAGAAUUUCUCCAAGGCUGUGCUAGCUGACAUCUUGGGUGCCAUACCAGAAGAUGUGCCUUCUGAUGACAUCAAGCCAUGGCUGAAGCAAGAUUUCUUUCCCUUUGUCAUCAGAAUACUUCCAGAAGAACUGGGUUACAUAGCUGGUUGGCUGGAACAAAGGGCAAGAAAUCUGGAACUUCUUGAAAAAAUGUCAUGGCCAGCUAAUGCUCUUGAGAUGGCUGAGCUGUUACAUAGUGCAUGUUCUGGGUCACCAAGUUGCAUGGGAGACAGGGGACAGGCAACCCCAGGCCAGUUUGCAACACAGGUGUGCAACUUGUCUUUAAGUUAUUCUCGAAGAAACCCUGAAAAGCAUAGUGAACAAUUCGGUGCAUCAUUUGAGAAGCUGUACAGCCUGAUUUGUAACUUACGGGACCUUUUGAGCUUACACACGAAGUACAACUGUAAGCUUUCUUUGGCUCAGUAUAUGCAGGAAACCACCGAAUCCCUGACCUACCGUAUGCUGGAUCGUGUUGUGGCUAUCGAGUUGAUCCCAGACACCAUCAGAAAGGUUAUCAGACCAUACAUGAAUGAACACAACCUUAAAGAAGAUCAGAUGCUGUUUCAGUACAUUGAGGACCUCUUAACAAGGACAGGACAGUUCAGGUCAGACUAUGGGGAGGCCCCUUGGGAGGCUAAAGCCAUAGCUGUCAUAGGCUGCAUUAAAGACCCUGGUUAUAAAUGCCAGGGUAUUCUGAAGGUAAUGCUCCAGGCCUACAUCCCCUGGACCCCAGCCACUGAGGCACUGGUGCAAGAAGGUCUGGCAUUGGACCACCCCAGAGUGGCAGAAUUGAAAGAAUUAUGUGGUUUGAUUGAGUUGAAAGGAAUGUUGGCCAGAUAUCAACUCCGACAUUUUAAUACAAUUGAUUCUUCCAAGGCAGAGAUACUGAUGAAAUACAUCCUGUCCUUGGAUAAACCCACUGCUAUGGAAGAUGCCCUGAAGGUGGUGAAGACCUAUGACAGCGUGACAGAGCAGCAGGCCUAUGCCUGCAGGAUAAGGUUCCUGAUCUCUGGAAACAGGAUAGAUGAAUGUGUAGAGCUGCUGAAAUCUUUGCCCACAGCCAUUGCAGUUCCUCUGUGUAAGAUCACCAUCACAGGAGUACAAGUACUGCUGGGGCAGGACUGGCAUAUUAACCCACAGGCAGUGCAGGAAGAAAUAAAACUUUUCACAAAAGCUGGAACAAAAAUCUUAAGACUACUUCUAGGAAUGCUGGAAGAUCCUGAUGACAUUGAGGAGCAUGCUACCCUGUUGAAAGAUUUAACAAAUCUCUAUGCUUUACAAGAAGAGUUUGGUGAAUUUGUUCUGCUAAACAAUUUUUCCAAUGCUGACUAUAGAAAAGAUAUGCUGACCAGACAUGUGAGAAAGUUCUUUGAACAGAGAAACAAAAAUGAAAACGCAUCAGAAGGGGAUUGUAAGAUCAGCGACCCUGAUAGGAAAAGUUCUCUGAGGAAGUCAACCAACUUUACUCAUAUAUACAGGCUUGCAGAAGUGCUGGGGUUUUCAAAAGAAACACUGAGAGGGCAGAUUGCUCUGGCUGCUGCCACCAGGGGGGAUGUGACCACUGCUCUUGGUAUCUGCAGUGAGUUGUAUGAGCAGGCCCCCAGUGAGGAGACAGCUGAGGUGCUACUACAGGUGGGCCACACAGUAUGUAAGCUGUACACCAGUGAAGACUGGGUGAAGGAUCUACACACCUGCAAGGACCUCCCGUCCAGACUCCAUGAGCUGGCCAGGUGGGCACUGGUCAUCUGUCCUCCAGAUAUGAUAGCAGAUUGUUUGGAGCUUAGUAAGAACACUGCACUGAUGCUGACCUUGUACAGACAGUGUGAGAGUGGGGCCUAUGGAGAAAGAGUUCAGAGUGCUGGACAAGGUGACCACGACCAGUCUGGCCAGGACCUCUACAAGCAGUGGACAUUUGACCCUUUCUUUGAGGAGGAUGGACUUGUACUGGACUCGUCAGUCACACUCACCAUGGCUGCAGAGUAUGCCAUUACUUUACUACCAAAAGCUGAGCGUGGUAAAGCCCCUUACCUACAGCACAGGAUUCAAGGACAGGCAAAGAAAGCCUCUUCAAACUCAAAUGUAGAAAACACAGAAACUGUGCCAGGGGCAGACACUCCGUUAUAUAAGACCUUAAAUGCCACUGCCCUGGACUUGGUUCAGUAUUUGAGAGAGAACAGCCAGUUUGAGCUCGCCUUGAACAUAACUCAUCAGACCAUAGGCAGCGUGCUGCAGCAUCACUCUAUACAGACCAUGGGAUAUGAGGCUCAGGACCAGGCACUCAAGACAGCUCUUAAUGAAGACAAGAGAUUGGUGAUGAAAGCUGUGCAGAUUGGUCUGGUAACACAGAAGGAUCUGGUGUCCACCCUGUUCUGCAAGCUUUUCACAAAGAAGCAUGUUGACCAUAUCUUGGCUGUGGGCUACAUCUGCUCUCUGCAGAACAAGAAAAUUGCUAUGGAAAUGAUGACAAAAUUGACCCGCCAGGCAGGGCUGAAUUACAAGACUUUGCUGGCAAUUGCUACUGUAGGAAAAGACUAUGCUGUUCUUUCCAAGGAACCCAAAGUACUGUUGAAAUGUAAUGAAAUGGCUGCCAAUGCAAAAUGGGGACACAAGUUUUCUAAGUUUAAGAUAUCUUUCAAAGAAGCCUACGAAGGCAAAGGGGAGGAAAAGAGAAAAUUAAUUCCUCAGUUGGUCCACCAUGAACAGGUGGAGCUUGAACUAAUUGGAGAAUAUUGCAGAGCCUUUAACCUAGAUGAAAAUGAGGCAUUGUUUGAGUAUCUUGAAGCACUACUGUUGGGUAAAUCCCACCUAACAGUGAGUGCCCGCCACAGGAUGGCUACCAGAGUGAUAGAGGGCAUUACUGCCAAAGACAAGCUGUUACCUAAACUAAAUAGCAUUGUGUUACAGAUUGAUCCAUAUGCAUAUGAAGAGCUGGAUUACAUGCUGAUCAAAAUCAAUGAAUUGGAUUCCAGUGCCUAUGUGCAAAAGGGCCUAAAACUGCUAGAAUAUUUGUCCUUUUACGUAAGGUCUGCCCCUCCCUCGGAUUAUGAGAUCAACUACAAACAUAUCACUGAGGAUGAACAGCUGCUAGGUGGAGGCAGGGCCUUAGCACCACUGUCUGAGAAGAGGUUGCCCUUCCAUCCUCUUCUCAUGGGAGAACCCUGGAAAAUCAUAACCCCAGAACUGAAUGCAAGUACAGUUUCUCUUUGGCUGCCUAUCACACAGCUACUCAAGUUGAACACAGAUCAGGUAUACUUAACCACCAUACAGAACAUCAUUAAGAAGCAUGUGGAAGGCAAGAAAGCCAAGGAGACACUGGACAAGAGUAAAUGUAGCUGGAAUCCAGACACUGAUGUGGACCUGAAGUUAUUUGACAGUGUGAGGAAGCUGCUGCUCAAUGUAUCUCACUGUGAGAUGGCAGUAGCUUGUGGUAGAUGGGUGGUGCAGGAACUGCCCAUGGGUGCUGAAAAAGUGGUAGCUCUGAAGUUCUGUGCUAUGUUGGCACAGAAAUGGUUAGAGGUGUGUCCUCAAGAGGGUCCAGAAAAGGUCAGAGCCCAGGAAGCAUACAGCAAGUUCUCCCAGAUGUGGUGUCGCUUGGCCACAGAACAGGUGCUUUACCAGAACAGACUGGCAGAGGAAGAGCUGCUUAGCCUGGCCCCACGGCCCACCAAACUGAUCAUGAAGCUGUAUGACCACCCUAGCAUACUACAGAGAAUGGAACCUGGAGCACCCAGCAGUUUACCUGACAUCCACAAAAUAGCAGACAGUGUUGCAGAGGUGAAUAAAGUCAAUGUUUCCAAGAUCCGUCUGACUCUGGUAGAAAAAUGGAUGCCCUCUGCAUCUCAAGCAAAACAAGAGGAAGAAGACACUGUUGUUCCAAUUUCUUGGGUGACCUACCUGUUGCAGCAUGGGCUACUGGAAACCAAUGCAUUGUUCUUGUUGAACUGUGCUUUUAAGGAGACAUCAAACAAAAUCAACCACAUGAGCCGCAUUCGAGCCCUCAGAUGCCUGCUUCAGCUGGUGGACAUGCCAACCAUUGAGAGACUGUCUGGCAAGAAAGAAGAAGAAAUUAAAGGUUACCUGCACACCUUGCUGUACCUGGUAGAGCUGGAGAAACUCCAUGUACCACACACAAGAGAGUCAUUUGAAAGCUGCAACAAGGAAGGCCUUGUACGCGGACUGUGGAGAAAUCACAGCCAUGAAAAGAAGGCUGUCCGUUUAAUUGUUGACUUGUGCCUCGACUUUGAAAUAUUUGAAGUUCAACUGUGGAAUAGUGUUUUGCAACAAUUGCUUGCCUUUGGAAUGAUGGAGUACCUGUGCCAUGUGCUGGUGUGUCUGUCAGGGGUGCCAGAGCUGUGGCAAGUCAGCUGCAUUCAGAAGAUGUGGAAAAGUGUCCUCUUUGCUCCUUUAAGUUCAGCUGUUCCACCACUCUCAUAUUCUCAACAAGAAGAAUGUGCCCAGUCCCUGAUUCUUUUGCACAGAUGUCCAGUGCUCUUGGACAUGGACUUGCAGGGCCUGUGUAAGCAGUAUGUUAGGUUAGAGAUGCAGGCCUGUGCACUGGCUUGCCUGCUUAUGAUACCUGCAGCCAAGAGCAGACAGGAGCUGAUUGAGAUAUCGUUGAAGCCAUGUUUUUGA